AUGGGCACCUCCAGUCUCUUCGUGACGUUUGCCUGUGGCGUGUUAUGUAUUCUCGUGCUUUUGGUGCUUCGGUUUAGACCAGGAGGGACGUCGCGUCUUCCAACCCCUCCUGGGCCUCGUAUCUCAUGGUUUGGAGCAAGUUUCCUUCCGAAGACUACACCAUGGCUGACCUACGCUCAGUGGAAAAACACAUAUGGCGACCUCGUUUACUUCACAAUAUUUGGAAGAAAGAUCCUUGUCUUGAAUUCCGCGAAAGCGACACACGAUCUCCUGGACAAUCAGAGUAGCGUCUUCUCUUGCAGGCCUCACUUCAUAAUGUCGAAGGAACUUAUGGGGUGGGAUUGGGAUAUAACUGGGAUGCGCUACGGGAAGCGUCUACAAGAGCAUCGCGCAAUGUUCAAUAGACAUAUGAAUGCGCAAGAAGUUGCUCAGUUUCGGCAUAUGCAAGUCAAGGAGGCGUAUAAGCUCCUUCGAGCACUUUCGAAGAGAACCGAGAUGACCGACCCAAGCUCCGAGAUACACCAGAGCAUCACGUCCAACAUCAUGCAGAUUGCAUAUGGCCAUGAAGUUCGGGACGCGAACGAUUACUACGUUUCGUUGGCCGAAGAUGCUAUCCUUGCAAUCGGAAGAGUUGUUCUUCAUGGAGCCUACAUGGUCGAGCUCGUUCCUAUCUUAAAACAUAUUCCAGAGUGGAUGCCUGGGGCACAUUUCAAACGAGACGCUGCAGAGUGGCGGAAGGCGACGCUGGCAAUGAUCAAUGAACCUUACUUGAUGGCAUCUGGUACUGCCACAUCUUGCAUCAUUACCAAAGAGCUCGAAGCUCGUCCGUUCUCAGGCUCAGGUGGACACCACAUGGUAGACGAGCAAGUCAUCAGAAACGUAGCAGGCAUAUGCUAUGCAGCCGGAGUUGACACGACUUCGGCGAGCAUCAUGACGUUCUUCUUGGCGAUGUUACUCCACCCCGAAGUGCAGCGAAGGGCUCAAGCUGAGAUAGAUAGCGUCGUAGGUCGAGACAGAAUACCCAAUUUCUCUGACCGAAAUAUACUUCCAUUCAUCGACAACAUCAUCUGGGAGUGCGCCAGAUGGCAACCAGCUGCCCCUCUUGCCAUGGCCCACCUCUCCACAGAAGAUGUUGUUUAUGAGGGUUAUGCAAUUUCGAAGGGAACCACGAUCUUACCCAAUACCUGGUCAAUUUUGCACGAUCCGGACGUGUAUCCGGAACCCUCUGUCUUCAAACCUGAGCGGUAUGAGCAGCAAACCGGUGCGCAAGGUCUGAACCCGAUUCCACGCCAGAUAUUUGGUUAUGGAAGACGCGCGUGUCCGGGACGCUGGUUCGCAUUUGAGACCAUGUGGCUUACAUUUGCAUGCGUACUUUCUGCCUACAACAUCUCGAAGGUCGUUAACGACGAUGGCACGGUUAUGGAGCCGGAGAUCGAGUACGAAACAUCUGUAGUUAGCCGGCCCAAAGCAUUCCCGUGUUGUAUCAAACCUCGGUCGCCGGCAUUGCUAUCCAUGUUGGAAGCUAUGAACGAUGAUAUUUAA